AUGGACGCCGCUCACGGUACUACAGAGGACAGCAAAGCCCGGUCAGUCGAAGGCAGGGAGGCGGAGGAGGAGGCCAGAGGAGUUAGUUCUUCCGUCGCGAUGGCUAGGGAGCUGUUGCGAGCGCUCGACGAGGGCGGCACCGACCCGCAGGCCGCGCUGUGCCUCGGGCCGGCGAACGCGUGGGUGGUGAAGCCCGCCGGGCUGUCGUGCGGGAGGGGCGUCGAAGUGGCGUCGUCGUUGCGGACGCUGGUGUCGGCGUGCCGGCAGCUCGAGUGGAAGGCGGUGGUACAGAAGUACGUGGAGCGCCCGCUGCUCGUACAGGGCUACAAGUUUGAUAUCCGCCAGUGGGUGCUGGUAACCUCCUGCAACCCUUUGGUGGUGUGGGGUUUUGACGAGAGCUACACGCGCUUCAGCUCCAGACCCUUCACGAUGGAUGCACCCAGUCUUUCGGAUAGGUUAGUGCACCUCUGCAAUCACUCAGUUCAGAAGCAACAGAACGGGCGAGGGGACGAAAGCUGUGCUGCGUCCGCUUCUGCUACUGCUACUGGUAUGAACAACGACAGUAGUGUUAGUAGCAAAGAGGCCGGCAGCGGCGGCGGCAGGGAAACACUUCCCUCAGGGUCGCAACAGAACAUGUGGACCGCGGGCCAGCUCCGGAAUCACCUCCAGCAACGCUUUCAGGGGCACGACGUGUUUCAAGAGGUGGUAGUUCCGCGAAUCCGAUCCGUCGUGGUCCAGACCUUGCUCGGCGUCCGCGAGGAGCUCGAGAUGAAAGGACGGGCAGUGGAAUGGCUGGGGUUCGAUCUCAUGGUCGCAGAAGAUCUGCGCGUGAUGCUGAUAGAGGUCAAUGUGAGCCCGGACGUUAGCCACAGCACGCCGGUGACUGCGCGACUCGUCCCCGAUGCCACCGAGGACGCUCUCAGUCUGCUGCUAGACGACGGUGAGGCCGACAAACGGGCGGCGGCCACGCCCCUCCCCGGGCUGCCAAACCCAUGCCACUCAUCGUCGCGAAGUACCGGAGCGGAGGCGGCUGGUGAGGCAAAGACCGUGUCCGGCCCGGACUUCUCGCGCGUGCAUGAUCCUGGUGUUGGCGACCGGCGAGAGGGAGAGGCGAGUCCACGUGUGGUCGACAAGCCCAGGUGGCGUGUGUGGCACAAAGGAGAGGAGGAGUCGCGAACCGUUCUUCGCGGCUUGCGAGAGGCGAAAAAGACCUGGUGCGAGAAACGGCGGAAUAAGAGACGGAGUCGGCACUUGAGCGACAGCAUCAGUAGUGUACCCGUGGCCGAAGAUGACCGCCACAUGGCCCUUGCUGUUGUCGAAGGCAUACUUGAUUCCUCAUCGCGGGCCAGAACAACGGCGGUACAAGCGGCAGAGGCGGAACCACCUGACCCUCCGAGCGAUGUCGCUGUUUCUCCGUCCGAGUCGCGUCGAACCGCACCGGCCGAGGGCUCGAUGGAAGGGUGUGGCAGCAGCAGCAGCUUCAUUGAGGGAAGAACGCAGGAUGUAUGGGAGACGGUAGGAGAGCUACGAGGGACGGUCGGAGAGCUAUGUGAGAAACUGGGGCUAUUGACAGCCGAGGGCGGCGUGGAGAUGACAGCUGAAGGCGCGGUGGAUGCGCAGCAUACAUUUCCCGAGCAGAGUGAAAACGAGGAAGAGGAGCUGUGA